AUGACUAACCCAGCAUCUCCUUACCUUCUCGACCGCCUGCAGGCGCGUCGCGCAAAUCCCAACACCCGCUCACGUCGCUCAGACUCUGUUGCGCGAUUAACGAACCUGGAUGAUGACCUAUUCCUUGACGAAGCAAGGUCGUCUGCCAACGACAACCCAAUGACAACACCUAAUAAGAUCCAUACUCCUACGAACACUACAGCAUCCCUAGGCGCUCGCGAAUGCAUGGACAAACUGGAUAAGCUGUCAAAACUCAACUUCGAUCUGAAGCUCGAACUCUUCCAUUGCAGGGAGAGAAUGGCGAAACUGGAACAAGAUUGUAAAACAUUGACAUCACGCGCCGAAGACGCAGAUCGAAUCUCCGAAGAAAACGCUACGCUUCUCGAACUCAACGAUAGUCUGGUCAAGGAGCUUGAGCAUCGUGACGAAGCUGUGCAAGAGGCUGUCUCCAUCAUCUGUGACCUGGAAGAGAAGCUUGAGCAAAUGCAGCAUCUUCAGCAAAAUCCUUGCAAUCAACCAGGGAUUCCCAAGAUUUCGCGCGCUUCUUCUGUCUCACCUUGUCCACAAACUGUCCUUUCACCUCCAAAGUCCGAUAGUAAAUCACUUACGAGAUCUUCUUCAGCACGACGUAUACCUUCCUUUGUGGGCGACCAAAAGCCUGCCACACGCGCUUUGCGAAGCGUUUACCUGGAACCAAAACCGACACUGCGUGCUGUCACUAGUUUCGCCUCCUUGAUGUCGCAGAAGGAAGACAUUGACAAGUCCAACUCAGACGUUGACACGCUAGAUUCGCCAUGUCUGAGUGUCCUGAGCAAAAGCAGCUUCCCUAGCAUCUACGACCUGCCAAGAAAUGAAGACUCUGGCAAGUACGAGGACAACGAGCUUGCUCUCCCUGACAGUCAACUAGACAACAUCUCACGAAAUGCUGGCAGUAAGCACGACUCGGAUAGUGAUAUCAAGUCUUGGAUUCAGGUGCAGACACCACAAUUAUCUGGCCAAAGCUCAGGAAAACAUAUGCCGCAUGCACAUCUGGGUGCUGGUCGUACUCAGCGACCGCCAUAUUCGACUGCACCCUCACAGCUCACCCAGAAACGGACGCCCUCGCUGAAGGGCUCAGCGUUUGCUGGAGGGUUGUUGCCCCCAACACCAGACAGUGCAAGCACGAGUGUUCUGCAAGACUCAUACAUGAGCGGCCCGGCAGAUGCGCAGCAGAAAAUGAUCAAGAGUCUUCCUAACGCCGCAAAGCACGCAGCGCUACUACACACCCCUGAGACACCGAGCGUCAACGAUCUGAACACGCUACACAAGCAUCCCCUGCAUGGCGCUGGGUGGCUCAACAGACAUAGUAUAUCUCUUUCUUCGACUGACGAGGAAGACGAGUAUUAUGAGCAAUCUGAUAGCGCUCGGACUAGCAGUGCAGGAACAGACAGUUCGUAUCCUAAUGGGGGUAGCAUCCUCAAGGGCACGCCGUCUAGAUUCCAAGUCCGUCGCAAUGCCUCACCAGCUAGAAGCGUGCCUUACAAUGAUUCUGGAAACGACCGAGUAUUACGAAAAGGUCAAAAGACGAUGGAGAAGUGGGCGCUGCUUCCAAAAAGCAACGCAAACACGCGUUUCCAGAUGGAGCGCUCAGAGACUACACCGAAUCUUGCGUUGAACCUGGCACCACCGGCUUCACUGCAGAGACACAAUUCCACUUCGAGGUCUUUCAACUCAAAUGUACAGCGCAUGGAACGAUCAGAGACUACGCCGAAUCUCACGACAACUCUGCAAGCAGGGAACGAUGUAUCAAUCUUCCAACCUGGACCUCCAAUCAAGUCACAAUCUGGCAGCAGUGGGGGUGUACGAGCCGCCCUUUCUCAAAAGACACAAAGGCUCUUCCGGCGUAUGAGCGAGCACCACACUUCAUCAUCCGAGCAAACCUCCAAAUCAGCCCGUAGUGUCUCCCCUUCGAAGCGUUCAGGCAAUUUCAAUGGUGGUGGCAUUAGUGAUGAUAUCUUGACUAUGCAAGCAGUCACCCAGCCUGUUUCAUCACGAAACAUGAGUCCUUCGCGAAACGACGCAGUUGAGGCUAAGAGCCCCAGUCGUGGAUUGUUCUCGCGCGCGGCAGGCAGUCUGAGACGAUAG